AUGUUUGCAAGAAACAUAAUAUCAGCGACUAGAGUUGGUCUGAGAAGCAGUGUUUCGCCCAUGUUGGGUUCUAGAAUCAUGACGCCUUUGGCUUGUGCGUUUUCCACUGGCAGAGCCAACUUCCAACAAGCACCAUUGGCCACAGAGAUCAACAGCCCCAAAGAAAUUCCAAAUUUGACCCCUCUGAAGUACGAGAAGGAUAUAUAUGCCACUGUGCGUGUUCACAACAUCUCAUAUCUGGUUACCGAAGGCGAUCUGUUGACGCUGCCGUUUCGUCUGAUUCAGGCUGACGUGGGAGAUAUCUUAGAUUUCAACGAUGUCACUACCAUCGGAUCCAGAAACUUUACCUAUCAUGAAGACCCCAUUCCUUCGAAUGCAUACACCAUUAAGGCCGUUGUCGUGGAGAAGACCAAGAAGCCAAUGGAGGUAAAGGAGAAGACCAAGAGGAGAAAUCGUCAUGUGAGACACAUCAAGAGCAAGCACCCUAUCACGAUACUGCGGAUCUCCGAGCUGAAACUGAAUGUGUAA